GUCUCGGCGGCUCGUGGCCCGGGAGGACGGAUCUCGCGAGAGUUGGAGUUUUGGUGAGAGUUUGUGGAAGAUGGCGCCUGUUGUGACAGGGAAGUUUGGGGAGCGUCCUCAACCACAACGCUUAACCAGGGAAGCGAUGCGGAACUACCUGAGGGAGCGGGGAGAUCAAACGGUCCUAAUUCUACACGCCAAAGUUGCACAGAAAUCCUACGGCAAUGAAAAGAGGUUUUUCUGCCCUCCUCCUUGUGUGUACCUAAUGGGCAGUGGCUGGAAGCAGAAGAAGGAGCAGAUGGAGCGGGACGGCAGCUCAGAGCAGGAGGCACAGCCCUGCGCCUUCAUCGGAAUUGGGAACAGCGAGCAGGAGAUGCAGCAGCUCAACCUGGAGGGGAAGAACUAUUGCACAGCCAAAACUUUGUACAUAUCCGACUCUGAUAAGAGAAAGCACUUCAUGUUGUCAGUGAAGAUGUUCUACGGCAACAGUGCGGACAUAGGAGUUUUCCUCAGCAAAAGGAUCAAGGUUAUCUCCAAGCCCUCCAAAAAGAAGCAGUCCUUGAAGAAUGCCGACCUGUGCAUUGCAUCAGGGACGAAAGUGGCACUCUUCAACCGCCUGCGAUCCCAGACGGUCAGCACCCGCUACCUCCAUGUGGAGGGGGGCAACUUCCACGCCAGCUCGCAGCAGUGGGGGGCGUUCUACAUCCACCUCCUGGACGACGAGGAAUCGGAGGGAGAGGAGUUCACAGUGCGCGACGGAUACAUCCACUACGGGCAGACUGUGAAACUCGUGUGCUCUGUGACGGGCAUGGCACUCCCCCGACUGAUCAUCCGGAAGGUGGACAAGCAGACGGCGCUGCUGGAUGCCGACGACCCCGUUUCCCAGCUCCACAAAUGUGCCUUCUACCUGAAGGAUACGGAGCGGAUGUACUUGUGCCUGUCCCAAGAGAGGAUCAUCCAGUUUCAGGCCACUCCCUGCCCCAAGGAGCCCAACAAAGAGAUGAUCAAUGAUGGAGCCUCCUGGACCAUAAUCAGCACCGACAAGGCGGAGUACACUUUCUACGAGGGCAUGGGCCCCGUGCACUCGCCUGUCACGCCCGUGCCUGUGGUGGAGAGCCUGCAGCUCAACGGAGGAGGGGACGUGGCCAUGCUGGAACUCACAGGGCAGAACUUCACUCCAAACCUCAGAGUGUGGUUCGGUGACGUCGAGGCGGAGACCAUGUACAGGUGUGCCGAAAGCAUGCUGUGUGUGGUACCCGACAUCUCGGCGUUCCGCGAGGGCUGGAGGUGGGUGCGGCAGCCGGUGCAAGUGCCCGUCACUCUGGUGCGCAACGACGGCAUCAUCUACUCCACCACGUUGACGUUCACCUACACGCCGGAGCCGGGUCCGAGACCCCACUGCAGCGCCGCCGGGGCCAUCCUGCGUGCGGGGAGCUCCAGCCUGCUGUCCGCUGGCAACCCCAGCAGCGAAACCAGCUACGCCAGCAGCACCGCUGGCAACCCUACCAGCGUCACGUCCGCCUCGGCCGCAGCCGCCGCAGCCGCCGUCGUGUCCUAACACACGGGGUCGCGUGCAGACGGACUGCAAACGGACUCCUUGAAAGUGCUGCAUAUGGAUUUUUAAAUUUUUUUUUCUUUUUUUUUUUUUUCUUUUUUUUAUAUAUAUAAAUCAAAAAGCUUCUCGAAAGAGAGCAAGAGGAGGUGGAGGAGGGUAGUUGAUUGCAGAGAAACGGAACAACUCGGGCUCCCUCUAGUGCUCGUGUAAGGGGUGCCCCAGCCCCCCCCCCCCACUCCCCCACCACCACCACCACUCAUCGGGCCUUAGCGGUGGAGACGUGUGAUGGGGGCUCCCCAAAGUCCCCGCCGGGCUCGAGAACAGAGACCACACCAAUGAUACAUCAGCCAUGUAUAAAACUUUAUUAAAAGAAAAGUCUAUUUUUCACUUUUUUUCUUUGU